AAGCACACAGAGAGGAGAUAAAAAGCAACGUCCCGGAUUCUCUCGGCCUCUCGGUUCUAAGGCAGACUCAGAAGAAGAACCGGGCUUGUUCAAACUUCAGCGCAGGGCCCGGGCUGGGGGGAAUCUUUGGAAGUUUUAAUUCAGCAGAAAGCUGAGAGAGUAAACUGGUGGAUCACAAUGGCUUUGGGAAGAUUCUCUCCCCUUAUCUCGCUGAUUGUCGUGCUCUUGGCUGGGCCGGUGAGCAUGGUGGAACACGCCGAGUUCCUGAACGCCGGCAAGCAGCCGGGCCUUCAGAUCUGGAGGAUUGAGAAGUUUGAUUUGGUCCCAGUGCCGAGAAACCUCUAUGGGGAUUUUUUCAUGGGGGAUGCUUACGUGAUCCUCAACACAAUCCGGCAACGUAACGGGAAUCUGCAAUACGACCUUCACUUUUGGCUAGGCAACGAAUGCAGCCAAGAUGAAAGCGGAUCUGCCGCCAUUUUCACAGUACAACUGGAUGACUAUCUUGGAGGAAGGGCGAUCCAACACCGGGAAGUGCAAGGACACGAGUCGUCCACUUUCUUAGGAUACUUCAAAUCAGGACUGAAAUACAAGGCCGGUGGUGUGGCCUCGGGCUUCCGACACGUGGUGCCCAACGAAGUCACGGUCCAGAGACUCUUGCAGGUGAAAGGCAGGAGAACCGCACGGGCGACCGAGGUGCCCGUCAGCUGGGACAGCUUCAACAGGGGUGACUGCUUUAUCCUGGAUCUGGGCAACAACAUUCACCAAUGGUGCGGCUCCGAUGCCAACCGGUUUGAAAAACUGAAAGCCACCCAAGUCGCCAAGGGCAUCCGGGACAACGAGCGGAGUGGACGGGCCAGAGUCAUAGUUGAAGAUGACGGGGCUGAACGCGACGAGAUGAUCCAGGUCUUGGGGCCCAAACCUACCCUGCCAGCAGCUACAACUGAUGACACCCAAGCUGACGCCACCAACAGAAGGCUGGCUAAACUCUACAAGGUCUCCAACGGGGCAGGAAACAUGGCUGUUUCCUUGGUGGCCGAUGAAAACCCCUUCUCUCAAACAGCCCUGGUUUCCGACGAUUGCUUCAUUCUGGACCACGGCACAGAUGGCAAAAUUUUUGUCUGGAAAGGGAGAAAUGCCAACGCGGAAGAAAGGAAAGCGGCUCUUAAAACUGCUUCUGAGUUUAUCAACAAGAUGAGUUAUCCAAGACAUACACAGGUCCAGGUCCUCCCAGAGGGCGGGGAGACCCCUCUGUUCAAGCAAUUCUUCAAGAACUGGCGCGACAAAGACCAGACAGAGGGGCUGGGGGUGGCCUAUGUCUCUGGCAACGUGGCCAAAAUUGAGCAGAUACCUUUUGACGCGGCCACCCUGCACACCUCGCCAACAAUGGCAGCCCAACACGGAAUGGAAGACGACGGCACUGGAGAAAAACAGAUCUGGAGAAUAGAAGGCUCCGCUAAAGUUCCUGUAAAUCCUGCAACCUACGGCCAAUUCUACGGGGGAGACAGUUAUAUCAUCUUGUACAAUUACAGGCAUGGGAGCAAGCAGGGAAAGAUCAUCUAUACGUGGCAGGGUGCAGAUUCCACUCAAGAUGAGAUCACCACCUCGGCUUUUCUUACUGUCCAGCUGGACGAACAGCUGGGAGGCACAGCUGUGCAGAAACGAGUGGUCCAGGGCAAAGAGCCUCCUCACCUCAUGAGCAUCUUUGGUGGGAAACCGCUGAUCAUAUUCCAAGGAGGCACCUCCAGGGAAGGUGGUCAGACCAGCCCGGCACCAACACGGUUCUUCCAAGUCCGUUCCAGCACAUCUGGCGCAACCCGGGCCAUUGAGAUCAGCCCGGCUGCUAAAGAACUGAAUUCCAACGACGUCUUUGUCUUGAAGACCCCAACUACUGCUUAUGUCUGGGUGGGCCAGGGAGCCAGCAACACCGAAAAAUCAGGAGCUCAGGAGCUGUUGAAAGUUUUGGGAGCGCAGGCAACUCAGGUUGCGGAAGGCCGAGAGCCAGAAAGCUUCUGGGACGCUCUUGGCGGAAGGGCUGCGUACCGCACCUCCCCACGGCUGAAGGAUAAAAAGAUGGACGCUCACCCCCCUCGCCUCUUUGCCUGCUCCAACAAGAGUGGACGCUUCACCAUUGAAGAAGUACCCGGAGAGUUGACUCAAGAUGACUUGGCAACAGAUGACGUAAUGCUUUUAGACACCUGGGACCAGGUCUUUGUGUGGGUUGGGAAAGAUGCCCACGAAGAGGAGAAGACAGAAUCCCAAACAUCAGCACGGAGAUACAUUGAGACCGACCCUGCCAACCGCGACCGGCGGACACCCAUCACCCUCAUCCGACAAGGAUUCGAACCGCCUACCUUCACCGGCUGGUUCCUGGGCUGGGAGGAUGAUUAUUGGAACGUGGAUCCCCUGGAGAGGGCUUUGGCAGAGCUGGCUGUGUGACGAGAGAAAUCUCUCCUUUUUUAAUAUUAUUAUUAUUAUUACUGGGAAGGAGAAAAAGUGUGCGGCUUUCAAAGGUCUCCUUCCAUCUCCUACAGGCACUUUUUUUUAAAAUAAUAAUAAUAAUUAAAAUUAACAAAUAGCUCCAGAGGCUGAUCAGUAGCUGAGACAAGUCCACGAACUGUAUGGUUUUGACCCCUUGCUGCUGCUUUGAAGAAGAAAAAAAGGGCCUUUAAUAAAGCUUGUAUAGAAUCAGUAAAAA